UCACCCAAUAAAUGAAAAAUAUGAAUGUUGGAUUAUAUUAAUCUAAUACGUAAUAAGGUUUAAUCUUUUGGAGGCAUUAUUAUCCUAUAGGCAAAAUUCUGGACUGUUUUAGAUACUACAUUGAUCAAAGUUAAUAAAACAUCAAUGCAAAUAUAAAGUACAUACAGUUCACCAAAAACAAGAUGAACAUUGAAAAUCCUAUUGGAGAUGGAACUAAGAAGGAGAAUUCAGUUCCAUUCUCACCUAAUCAUAGAUUUUUGGAGCCAGAAAAAGCUGUCAAAACAAUCACUGAUAUGGCAAUAUGGGAGAAGUCUGAAGCGUAUAUGGAGUACACAGGCUUUAUAGCUACACUAAACGAAGCAAUUAAAGGCAAACCACUCUCUGUUGAUUGUAAAGUGUCACCUAAUUUAAUAAAAAUGAUGGACAUGUUGAAUAAAAUUGAUAAGUUGAUAGACAACUGUCCCCCUGUUGAACAACCCCAAAGAUUUGGCAAUACUGCAUUUAGAGAAUGGCUCACACAAGUAAAGAGCAACACAACAAUAUAUCUUCAAGAAGCUCUAGAUCAAAACCUUCAUCUGACCAUACCAGAAAUUAAAGCAUACCUCGAGGAGAGCUUUGGUAAUGCCACUCGCAUAGACUAUGGAACUGGACACGAAAUGUCAUUUAUAAUGUUUCUAUGCUGUCUUUACAAAAUAGGUUGCCUAGUUCCAGAAGAUAAUGUUGCAACUGUGUUCAUGUUAUUCAAUAAAUAUCUCAAUAUAGCGAGGAAACUGCAGAAGACAUAUAGAAUGGAGCCAGCAGGAAGCCAUGGUGUGUGGAGCCUUGAUGACUACCAGUUUGUGCCUUUCAUCUGGGGUAGUUCACAGCUUGUCGAUCAUCCAAGGAUAUAUCCACCGGCAAAGUUCUUAGAAGAUGAAAUUGUUGAAAAAUUUUCAGAUGAAUACAUGUUCUUGUCAUGCAUUAAGUAUAUUAAAGAAGUGAAAACGGGUCCGUUUGCGGAGCAUUCUAACCAGUUGUGGAGCAUCAGUGCUGUCGGUUCAUGGUCAAAAAUAAAUCAAGGUCUCAUUAAAAUGUAUAAGAAAGAAGUUCUGUCCAAAUUUCCCGCUAUCCAACAUGUAUUGUUUGGGUCAUUACUUCCAAUACGUAGAUUUCAAAUGCAUCACUAGAUUUCAUUCGAAUUUUUAAUCUAACUUUUUAAUUAUUAUUUAAAAUAGUC